AUGAGUUUGAAGACAAAACUUCUACGGGGCUUCAUCACGCCGAAGAACAAUGACGACGCCAGUAAAUCUUCGCAAACAGAGCCACCGACACAGAUGUCAUCAGAUGAUUCGAUUAAAAAAGACGAGCUUGAAGACGGCUCUCCAAGCGGUAGAAAGAGUCUUGUAACUUGGGAUGGGGAAGACGAUCCUGAGAACCCGAAAAACUGGAAGCCCAUGAGGAAAUGGAAAGCUAUCUUCGCUAUGAGCUCAUUCGUAUUUAUGAGCCCACUGUCUUCAACAAUUGUUGCCCCAGCGUUACCUGCAAUUGCAUCCGACUUGGGAAUUGCCCAACCUGCAGUUGAGCAAAUGGUUCUUUCGAUAUUCCUUCUUGGCUUCGCAUGUGGUCCGCUCGUGGCAAGCCCAUUAUCGGAGAUAUAUGGUCGUGUUAGAGUCGUUCAAACAUGGAAUUUCAUGUACAUUGUCUUCAACGCAGCCUGUGGUGGGGCCCGCACGAAAGAAGCUAUCAUCAUACUGCGUUUUAUCGCCGGCCUCUGUGGGAGCGCUACCCUUGGAAUUGGGGGUGGCACGUUAAGUGAUCUUUUCAGAGCGAAGGAUCGUGGCAAAGCAGUCGCAAUCUACAGCUGGUCCCCAAUUCUUGCCCCGCUAGUUGGCGCAAUAAUUGGCGGCUUUAUCGAGCAGAAUCUGAAAUGGCAAUGGACCUUCUAUAUAUCCUCUCUUUUGAGUGUUGCUAUUCAAAUUUCGGGACUUUUCUUUCUUGAAGAAACAUACCCUCCACUUUUACUCCGCCGCAAGAAAGCGAAGCAAAUACAGGAUACUGGAGCCAGCAACCUUUACACUGAAUUUGAUUACCUGGAUGAAGGCAGAGUCAAAGUAUUAUCUGCAAACUUAGUCCGACCUUUUAAACUGCUUGCUACACAACCUAUCAUUCAGGUCCUGGCUCUUUAUAAUGCCUAUCUUUACGGAAAUAUAUACAUGCUAUACGCUGACUUCAUCGAUCUAUGGACUGAUGUCUAUGGGGAGUCUAUUCAAAUUGCGGGCUUAAACUACAUUUCAAUUGCCAUUGGGUCGGCCAUCGCUGCAGAGUGUUGCACGCUUAUUAACGACAGGAUAUACCGGAAGCUAUCAAAGCGGAAUCAAGGCAAAGGCCUCCCCGAAUUUCGAAUUCCGAUCAUGAUACCUGCAACUCUCUUUCUAAGCGCUGGAAUGUUCUGGUACGGAUGGACGGCUGAACUAAAGAUGCACUGGAUUAUGCCGAACAUUGGAACUUCCAUAUUUGUCGCUGGGGCACUUGCAUGCACAAUAUCUGUCAAUGCCUAUGUGAUCGAUACAUAUGGUCGUUAUGCGGCAAGUGGACUAGCCGCUGUCUCUACCAUAAGGUGUCUUGCCGGCUUCACUUUCCCCAUGUUCGCACCUUACAUGUACUCUUCCUUGGGUUAUGGCUGGUCGGGAAGUCUUCUUGGUUUCAUUGGCCUUGGUAUUGGACUCCCUGCUGCAAUUAUGCUGGGGCUAUACGGAAAGUCUCUACGGAGCAAAAGCCCCUACGCCUCCAAAACUCAUUGA